AAAACCACGAGAGGCGACGGAAACGGAAGUCUGUUUUGAUUUGGUCGAUGACGUCACGGUGGCCAGGGUCGCUAAUGGCUGGGAAACAACAACUGUCGGCGCGAGACAAACUUUCCCAAACUUGUACUGGGACGACAGAAAGUUAUAAAUAGCCAAGCGUUUCGUUUUUACAGCAGUUUAUCCGCGUUCUUCUGAUUUUUUUGUUUGUGUUUACAAAUGCAGAAUUACUGAUGGAUCCGAGGUAUGACAUACCGCGGAGGGCCGCCGGUAGCGGCGGGGACUCCUCGAAUUCGUCCCCGGCUCUGGGGGCGCAGUCGCGCCGCAGGAAGAUGCCGCCUAGACCCGCUGAUUUUAAACUUCAAAUUAUCAUUAUUGGCUCCCGUGGGGUCGGUAAAACCAGCAUAAUGGAGAGAUUUACGGAUGACACUUUCUGCGAAGCUUGCAAGUCGACCGUAGGAGUUGACUUCAAAAUCAAGACAGUGGAGCUGAGAGGGAAGAAGAUCCGACUACAGAUAUGGGACACCGCUGGUCAGGAGAGGUUCAACAGCAUCACAUCAGCCUACUACAGAGGCGCCAAGGGAAUAGUGCUGGUGUAUGAUAUCACAAAGCAGGAGACCUUUGAAGACCUGCCCAAAUGGAUGAAAAUGAUUGACAAGUACGCCUCAGAGGAAGCAGAGCUUCUCCUGGUCGGCAACAAGCUGGACUGUGAGACUGAUCGAAUCAUCUCCAGACAGCAGGGAGAGCGGUUUUGCUCUCGAAUAAGUGGAAUGCGCUUCUGCGAAGCGAGCGCCAAGGAUAAUUUCAAUGUGGACGAGAUCUUCCUGAAGCUUGUGGAUGACAUCCUUUGCAAGAUGCCUCUAGAGGUUCCCAACAGCGAGCUUUCCAACAGCGUCCUGUCUCUGCAGCCCGAACCGGAAGUGCCUCCGGAGUUGUCACCUCCCCGCAUGCGCUGUUGCUGAGAGUCAGAGUGGUCCCCCAUCUCUGUCUCUGUGAUGCACACACACACACACACACACACACACAACACACAACACACAACACACAGACAUGCAGUGUACCAGUGGGGCCACCAGGGGGAAGCAAAAAGCAGCCGUUUGAUGUUCCUAACUGUUGAUGUAGGAUGCAUGGACUCUCAACAACCAGUAUUAUCCUCCCUGGUUUUUCUCCUGUUUCCUCACUGUUCACCACGACAUGAACUAGACUAACACUCAUUUUACCAGAUCCUUUUGUCCACUGCCCUUGAGCCAGACUACCUCACUCCUCGGCCCUCGAGGUGGAGAGCCCUCUGGUAGCCGUUGCAAAUUGUACAAGAUGCAGAUUGAUGAGGUUCUUACAGCUUCCUGGUGAAUACUCAUCACAUAUACUGUACACUUUGUUUGACAUUGUCCAAGUUGCCCCCACGGUCUGGUAUGUCUGAAUCAUUCAGCUUUCAGAAAAAACUAUAACGAUAUCUUAUGUCUCCUCGGCUUAGUUUAGAUUCUGGUACAGAUGUUUUAUUCUUACUGAUGGGCGUGAUCACCAAGUGACGAGUUGACUUGCAGUAAACAAAAGCACAUGAUGUACAUACGGUGUGUUGCUGUGAUGACUGGACAAGGUGCAGAUGUUUGGAGCCAGCGAUAGGUGGUUGUGUUGUGGCGGAUCAUUUUGGUUUCCAUCCCUUUUGCCUUAAAGUGUUAUAGUGGCUAAACGGCUCACUUCACAAUUUGUGUACAUUUUUAUGUUUUGCACUACAAUCCAUCUCCCCUAGUGAAUCUGACUUGCGGAAAACAGAACGUACACAACAUGUAGUGGAGAUCAAUGAUUGUAAAGGGAGUGGCUGUUCUGAUCUCCCUGUUAAAGUGGGGUGGAGAUGCAAGGAAAGAUGGGUAAUGUAGUCUUUGAACAAUUGGUGUUUUGAAAGGGGCACUUUUUCCAUGUGUGUUUCUGGCUUCUUAGAGGAAAUAAUGAGUAACUUGUGGACACACACACAUGGUUUUACCUUUUUUUGUUACUAAUACCGCAAAAUACUUUUUUUCUUCUCUUGGCUACCUUUUUUUGGGGGUGCGGGGGGGGGGGGGGGGUGGACUGUUUUGAAGGACUCAGGAAAUUUUGAUGGACUCAUAUCUGCUCAUUUUGACAGGCUUCUAUUGUAGACUUGAUUUGAGUUUCAUAUCACAUUAUUGAAAAAACAUCUUUAUAUGAAAUCUGGCUUGGAGGGUAUGUUUGUGAUGGAAAAGAAAAGGACAGCAGAUUUAAAUAUCUGAUUUUGUAGUUUGUUACAGACCAGUAUGGGUGUUUCCCAGUGCUUGUACAUUUUUGAAGAAAAAAAAAACCUAGGUUUUGCAUAUUAAGCCCUCCUGUGUUCAUAGAUAUUAAUCCAUUUAAUUCUUGUCUUUUUUUGUUAAAUGAAUGCAAUAUUGUAGCACUGUGGGUUGUUUUGUUGUUACAUGUUAAGUAGUGAGGACUUGUUUUAACAUGACAUAAACAGACUUUGGUGAUUUUGUUUUUGUUAAAGUCCAUGUUUUGAGGACUUAAGAUGGCACAUUAUGAAUAAUUGGAUUGUCCUAUGCCAAAACAAAUUGUGAUGCCUUUUGCUAACAAACCAGUCAAUGACAACAAGCAUAUCUUGCAAUGAGAUUACCUUCCAACCAACAACCAUACAACUUAUGUGCCAAAAUGUUUUCUUGUGUCUUGUAAUGACAAACGUCUUUUGACCUUGUUUUGUGUAGUGAAACCCUCAAUUGCCGCACUAACCCUUUGGUCUUCGUUUUAAUAGCCAAGCCUUAUUCUACUCAGUGUUAUAAAUAUACAUUUUAAGAAAUGUUUUUAUUUGAAAUGCGUUGUCCUUUCAGAAGGAUCACUGCUUUGCAUUAAACCUUUUUUAAGUCUUUUGAGAGGUUUUGGCAUGUUUAAAGCAGAUUUGUGGUAUUUAUAACUUGUGGCAUUGUUGAACUAAUGAGAUGCAAUUAAAGAUAUCUAUAUUUAUUACCAUAUUAUGGUCCUGAUUGUAUUAUAUCCUCGUCAUACCCCAGCAAGGGUCUUUGAGUGGAUUCCAGGAACAAAUAAAUGAUCAUUUGCUCACUUUCAA